AUGCCUCUACCUUUUCUAUCAAAUGUGCCUUUGAGCAUUGCCCUUCCAGCGACCGCCACAGCUCUUGCCUACCUAAACGCGAAACACUCAUUGUUCUACGAUAUACAUCUUCUCAAGUCAAUGUUUAAGAUGCUCAAGAAGAAAAACUCAGCAGAGAAGACUGAUCGCUUGAACCUCUUCUACGUUCUCGAAAACCAUGCCCUCUCCCCCAAUACCGCCGACAAAGAAUUCAUCGUCUUCAAUGGCCGAACAUGGAGUUACCGCGAGACCUAUGAUACAGCGCUUCGCUUCGGAAAUUGGUUCCAGAACGUCCACAACGUGGGUCACAAGGAGAUUGUCGCCAUCGAUAGCAUGAAUUCGGCCAACUUCUUGUUCAUGAUCCUUGGCUUAUGGAGUAUUGGGGCUAUUCCUGCUCUCAUUAACUACAAUCUGGGUGGCAAGCCUUUGAUCCAUUCUCUUAAGGUGUCGACUGCCAAACUUGUCGUUGUGGACGAUGAGGUUCGCCAUAACUUCCCGCCGGAGAUAAUGGAGACGAUUACUUCGUCGGAGUUCCGUGAUGGCAAGGGCCCGACCGAGGUGCUGUUUUUAACCCCCGAUGUAGAGGCUCAGAUCUUGGAGAUGGAGCCCCUGCGAGAGGAAGACAAGACACGCGCUGGUCUACUCUUGCGUGACAUUGCCUUGUUGAUCUACACCAGUGGUACUACAGGUCUUCCAAAGCCUGCAAUUGUUAGCCUCCAGAAAGCGUGGACUAGCGCAUGCUUCGUAGGAAACUGGACAAGCAUGACCCCCGAGGAUCGCUUUUUCACGUGCAUGCCUUUGUACCAUGCCUCGGCCGCCGUACUUGGUUUCAUUCUUACUUUACAUGUUGGCGCUACAGUGAUCAUCGGGCGCAAAUUUUCAGCACGUAAUUUCAUGAACCAGGCUCGUGAGAACGAUGCCACAAUGGUACAGUAUGUCGGCGAGACUCUUCGAUACAUUAUGGGUGUACCGCCCAACAUCGAUCCGACCACAGGAGAGGAUCUGGAUAAGAAGCAUAACAUUCGAAUCGCAUUUGGCAACGGCCUCCGGCCCGAUGUCUGGAACCGGUUUAAGAAGCGUUUCAACGUCCCCACCGUUGCCGAGUUCUACGCUGCCACCGAAGGUACGUCAGCGUCGUGGAAUCUUUCGUCCAACGACUUCUCCGCAGGCGCCAUUGGGCGAAAUGGAGCCAUCGGAAAUUUCAUUUUCUCCCGCAACUCAGCCAUCGUCGACGUGGACUGGGAAACUCAAGAACCCUGGCGCGAUCCAAAGACUGGCCUUUGCAAAAAGGUCCCUCGAGGUGAUCCUGGCGAGCUUCUGUUCAGAAUUGACCCCAACGACCCCAGCGCUGCGUUCCAGGGCUACUUUGGAAACUCGAAGGCUACCGAGAGUAAGAUUGUGCGUGAUGUCUUAACAAAGGGCGACGCAUUCUUCCGCUCCGGCGAUGUGGUCCGAUGGGACAAGGACGGUCGUUGGUACUUUUCCGAUCGAUUGGGAGAUACCUUCCGGUGGAAGAGCGAGAACGUCUCGACCAACGAGGUUGCGGAGGUCCUCGGUUCUCACCGGGCGGUGCACGAGGCCAACGUAUACGGCGUGGCUCUUCCGAACCACGAGGGUCGCGCUGGAUGCGCGGCGCUAGUCCUGAACGAACAGAUAGCUAGCGGUAAUACUUCAGGGUUGGCGUUGGAGCCUUCACGUGCUACCCUUGACAGCAUCGCCGCGCAGAUUCUGAACAACUUGCCUCGAUAUGCAGCCCCGCUCUUCCUUAGGUUCAUGUCUGAGAUGCAGUCUACCGGAAACAACAAGCAGCAAAAGCAUAUAUUGCGUACCGAGGGUGUGGAUCUGGCUCAAGUGUCGAAGAAUGACCACGUAUACUGGCUUCAGGGUGACACUUAUGUUCGAUUUGAACAGAAAGACUGGAACCGGUUGAACGGUGGCCAGGUUCGGCUGUGA